GGCCAGCCGGCGCCAUUUUGAAAGUAGAGUCGCCUGCCCCUGCCGCCGCCGCCGCCGUCCCUGUCGUAGCUGCCGCCGCCACUGCUGGAGAAGGAGAGAGAGCGGGGAAGCCCCCAGAGUGAAAUCCACCAUCCUCCUGACUGGUCUGCCCGCCCCUCCUUCCUUCUUCCCCGACCCCCGCCCUCUCCCCCCACAGGUGCCAUCCGCCGCCAUCCGCCCUCCCUACCCCCCCAUCCCCAGGUGAGGGAGGUGAGUUCAGGAAGCGGCGACCCCGAGGAACCCAGCAGGGUCACCAUUUGCAGCGCAACAUGGCAGGAGCUGGAGGAGGGAAUGAUAUUCAGUGGUGUUUUUCUCAGGUGAAAGGAGCAGUAGAUGAUGACGUAGCAGAAGGAGGGUAUGGUUCCAUUCCAUUUUAUCCAAACAUGAUAUCAGAUUAUCCAGGAACAAGUUAAAAAGAAGGGAGACUCGUUCCAGAACACAUCUCUGGAAAUUACCCUAUGGACCCUGACUCUCAUGGCAACAUUACAAUCAGAUAUAAUUUCUACAGUAGAAUUUAAUCAUUCUGGAGAAUUACUAGCAACAGGAGAUAAAGGUGGUAGAGUCGUCAUCUUUCAGCAGGAGCAGGAGAACAAAAUCCAGUCUCAUAGCAGAGGAGAAUAUAAUGUUUACAGCACCUUUCAGAGCCAUGAACCAGAGUUUGACUACUUGAAAAGUUUAGAAAUAGAAGAAAAGAUCAACAAAAUUAGGUGGUUACCCCAGAAAAAUGCUGCUCAGUUUUUAUUGUCUACCAAUGAUAAAACAAUAAAAUUAUGGAAAAUCAGUGAAAGGGACAAAAGACCAGAAGGGUAUAACUUGAAAGAGGAGGAUGGAAGGUAUAGAGAUCCUACUACAGUCACUACACUACGAGUGCCAGUCUUUAGGCCCAUGGAUCUAAUGGUUGAGGCCAGUCCACGAAGAAUAUUUGCCAAUGCUCAUACAUAUCACAUCAACUCAAUUUCUAUUAAUAGUGAUUAUGAAACAUAUUUAUCUGCAGAUGAUUUACGGAUUAAUCUUUGGCAUCUGGAGAUUACAGACAGGAGUUUUAAUAUUGUGGAUAUCAAGCCUGCCAAUAUGGAAGAGCUAACAGAGGUGAUCACAGCAGCAGAAUUCCAUCCGAACAGCUGCAACACGUUUGUAUACAGCAGCAGUAAAGGAACUAUUCGGUUAUGUGACAUGAGGGCCUCUGCCCUCUGUGAUAGGCAUUCUAAACUGUUUGAAGAACCUGAAGAUCCCAGUAACAGGUCUUUUUUUUCUGAAAUCAUCUCCUCUAUUUCUGAUGUAAAAUUCAGCCAUAGUGGUCGAUAUAUGAUGACUAGAGACUAUUUGUCAGUCAAAAUUUGGGACUUAAAUAUGGAAAACAGGCCUGUGGAAACAUACCAGGUUCAUGAAUACCUCAGAAGUAAACUUUGUUCACUGUAUGAAAAUGACUGCAUAUUUGACAAAUUUGAAUGUUGUUGGAACGGAUCUGACAGUGUUGUCAUGACCGGAUCUUACAAUAACUUCUUCAGAAUGUUUGACAGGAACACAAAGCGAGACAUAACCCUAGAAGCGUCGCGGGAAAACAAUAAACCUCGCACGGUUCUGAAGCCACGCAAAGUCUGUGCAAGUGGCAAGCGAAAGAAAGAUGAAAUAAGCGUUGACAGCCUAGACUUCAACAAGAAAAUACUUCAUACGGCCUGGCACCCCAAGGAAAACAUCAUUGCUGUAGCCACUACAAACAAUCUGUAUAUAUUUCAAGACAAAGUGAAUUAGGGUUGGCAUUCCCAGCCGAAGAGCCCACUUCCUGCUUAGUUGAGAUAGUUGAAUCUAGCAUUCGUACCUAAAAACGAGAGAGGUCCAUUGUGGCGCCCCUUUCCAGUGUUUGACAGUGUGCCAUUCGACAACACAUUUUUUAUAGCUACAUGGAGAGAUCUCUGUGGAUCCUCACCGCGGUGUUCUCCAUGUCUGCUAGCCAUGUAGGUAAGGGUAGGGCACUUUUAAUUUAAAUGACUUCUUGCACCAUCUUGCCUAAUGGACUAGAUUGGACUGUGUCAACAUUGAUUUCCUCCACUUUUUAUGCCUUCCAUUGUGAUGACGUCAAACACAGUGAAAGCCUUCAGUCAUGCUUAUGGGAUUUAAUUGUGUAUCCUCAUUACUGUAUCAUUUGUGGGGUACACCCCUCCCCCUUUUUUAAAUUAAACACAGCUCAUUCUUACUGUGGCUUGUAGCAUUCCUCCUCUUCUGGCCUCCUGGACUCUUCCCCUCCGUCUCUCUCACCCCUGCCCCUCCACCCAGUCUUGGUGGUGGUAUAUUAAAAAAAGAAAGAACGAAAGCACACAAAAUGAGUCAGUUUGGGGUCAGUGGUAAAGGGGGUAUAUGUUGCGAACAAAUGUUUUAAAUAACAGUUGGCUGUAAUCACUCCUUGCCGUGUCUGGCACCGAAAAUAAGGAAAAAAAAAAUACUACUACUGAAUAAAAGUGACAAAGAAUGGA